AUGUUUGUUAAUGCAACUGUCAAAGAAGUCGCACUUGCCCUGGAAGUGUUAACAGGAUAUGACAGCAGUAGUUCAGUACCCACGACUGAUAUGAGCCUCGACGCACAGGCUCCUGGCAUUACAACUGACCAGAACAUGCCUGUACUGCCAUCCCAGGAUCAGGCUCUCCCAAGUGUGAAGGAGACAGUUGGCAGCAGUUCUGGCCACAUACCUAGAGGGAAGGAUUACCUGUAUUUUCAAGAACAAGUCAUGCCAGAUUCUUCUACUGGAAAACCUAAACCUGCUUCUGCCCAAAUUCUUUCAGCAAAUACCCAAGCACCUGUUGACCUUUUGUCAGUUCUUCUGGAGCGUGGCAGCAAACUCAGAAAUGCCAUGGUGGUUUCAGCCUUACAAUCUGAUGUGGAGUCAGAUGUUCCUCUGAAGGACAUUCCCCUGCCUCUCUCCACAGAUAACACUGACGCCUUGCCAGCCAGGCCCUCUUCAGGACAGUUUCUGGAGAACAUCCUUCAAUCGGAACUCCAGCAUCCUGCUCAGGACGUUGAAGAACCAAGUCAGAAUAGAGUCAACACAGAGGACAUGGCUGUGGAUCUGCUGCUGGGAAGUGUUAAUGGAUCUGUGCUGCAGUUCUGGGAUGGAGAGGGUUCUCUCCCAGAUUUUCUUUCCGAUCACAGUAGUGUGCUCAUGGACAGUGAGCUCAAAGACCCUCAAAAUGAUCAGAGUCUUCUGGAGAACCUCUUCUACAAAGCUCCUAUAUCAGAUGAAUGUUUGGAAGUGGACGAUCAGAAGAAAGACCCGGCAGAGAAGCCAGUACACACAAGACCAACUAAAAAUGCCCGGCUUGAUUCAGAAGAUGUGCAGCAUUCAGAAGCAGGAGAUGAUUUCUCUGGACUUAGCGUGGAUAAAAUAGCUUUGCUUAGAGAUAUUCGUUUUGCCAGGGUCACCAUUAGUGAGUUAAAAGUUCCCACUGAGAGUACUUCGAGAAGUCUAUCUAGAAAAGGAAGACCACCUUGCCCCCUCACCACAAAGAAAUGCUUUUAUAUCGUUGAGUACCUCUUUCCACUGGUCUCUGCUGGGUAUGAAGAUGUUCAACAUGUACCUUCAGAGAUUACAAAAGUUGUCUCUAGUAAAGUAACAGAGGGCGCGUUGACGUUUCAGCACCUAAGUAUGUUUCCAGUGAGGUUCAGUAGGUCGUCUAUUAAACAAUGGUGGGAGAUAAACGUCACAUUCAAGCUUCACUCCAGAAAUAGCCUUCAAAAGACACCCGUUCUCAUUGGAUCAGCAAUGUUUCCUCUGAACUCCGUGAUGCAGAGUGAAUCACUGAGCAUUUCUGCUGCCCUUCCUGUUCAAAGACCAGAUAGAGAUGCUGAUAAACAGGCAUUUGGUCCUCUGAAGGUGUCGUUUGAGUUAGCAGCAGACAAGAAUGAUUUCUCCACCAAAAAGAGACCUGCAAAACGAAUGCUGAGUCCAACCAGACCUCUUUCUUCCCGUUUGACUGAAGAGCAUGAUGUACCAAAGGGUUUAUGUGUGAAUGACCACAGGAGAGCCCCGUCUCCUUGUGCAGGUGUUCAUCGAGUCCAGAGUAUCCUGAUACCUCCAUCCAGAUCACGAUCCACAUCUCCACCCAUCAGAUACCAGAGCUGUCUUCAUGAGCCUCUGCAGUAGGAAGUGGAGGAGACUAAGAUUUUGCUUCAUAUGUUGCUCAUGGUGCCCGAUGGGAAAGAUUUUAAUCUGAACUGUAAGCUCCUCGGAUCCGAUGAAACGGCUCGAUCGACAGUGAGCUGGAGUCAGAAACAUCCAACAUUCGGCUUUAUUCAGGUGGCUCCGGUCACACUGACCAGCAAACUGUUGGAGAGAAUGAAGAACAACAUGAUGGUCAUUGAAGUUUGUUUGAGGGCCAGUAACUCGGACCAUGAUAAACUUCUUGGUUUGGUAAAACUACCUCUCCACCAGUUCUACAUGUCCUUCAGAGACCCCAAGAUCACAGAGCUGCUCUUGCAGUCUCAGUAUCCAGUGGUUGGAGUGGACAGUUAUAUGCCUGUGGUUGAUGUAUUCAGCGGCAGCACUCGUGGAAACCUCAGGGUGUGUCUAGCAAUGGGUCUGGCACAGCAGAUCACAGCACUGCAGCGAAUGAGGGAUGACGAGCUGACCCACGUAUCACCACUGCCUCGACCAGCGCACAUGUUAGACCACCAGCCACAUGCCAGUACCACUGUGGAUGUUCUGCGUGAGCAUGUCUUCAUGGUCCGAGUAGAGAGAGUGAAGGGUCUGACGCCUCUGCAGUCCACAGUGUGAGGAGAAGCUGACUGUUACAUCCAGUACUCCUUCCCUGCACAAAAUGAGUCGAGAGAGGACACGGACCCACUUAUUGUCGAGAGCAAUAUGGAGCUCAAGGCCUACCGCUCUGAGACCACUCUCUGUGUGCCUGACCCUGUGUUUGGACAUAAUGAGACUCAUGUCCUACUGGCUCCUCCUGACGUCCCAGUACAAAGAAUACUGCUAAGCUCAUUGGCCAGUCAGGGGCUGAAAAAUGGAGUAGGAGUGCUGUUUGAGGUUUGGUGCAGGUAUUAUUAUCCAAAUGUUAGAGAUCAGCUAGUUGCCAAAGGGUUGCUGCCCAUGUCCAAACUGUGCGCCAUGGUAACCAUGCAGAAACAGGGUCAAACCGAUGCACAACUUUUCUCCCUUCCUCUGGUACCAAGAACCGACCGACCUGUUGACACACAGCCUCAGCCCCCUGGGCUGCUUGAAGUGAGUGUUCAAUACAAGUCUCGACCAAUGAGGAGUGUGGGAGUGAAGAGUGGGGUUGUGCCGUCCCGCAGAGUGAUACUGGUUGUGCAGGUGCACAGAGCAGCCGGGCUGCAAGCUGCAGCCAAAGCUCUUGCAGAUACGGAUAACGCACUGCAGUAUUACUCUGAAGUGGGGCUUAACUCUUUCAUCACCAUGCAGUUGUCAUUCCUGCCGGACAGCGAGGUUCGAAGCACGUGUGUGGCGGCCAGAAGUUUCUGCCCAGAGUUUGAACAUCACGCCGAGUUCUGCUGUAACCUGCUGGUGCAGAGAGACAGCGGGGAGAGCAUCAGUCUGGCUGAACUCCUGCAGGAGGCAGUGGCUGUCUUCACCAUAAACAACAGAGACACACACAAAAUGGCUGAUACAACAAGUUCAAAGGACACUGUCUUGGGCACUGUGAAAAUUAAACUUGCGGAUCUGAUUCAUAAAAGAAGUGGCAUAUCUGGCUGGUACAGUCUCUCUCUACCUCAGAGCACAACAUCAUCUCACAGUCUGACCUCAACAGGAGGGCUUGAAGUCUCCAUUAGUUUUUCUCAUCAUGCAGAUAGAGAGCGAGUUAUCAGUUCAGCCCAUGGACUGGGAUGGGAUGUAGGGCAAAACAGUGAAGAUGAGGCAGAUAUAGUGGAUUAAGAUACUUUGGAAGCAAGCGCAAAGUCUCUGGCAUUAUCACUUUCCAUGCCUAGAGCAUGGCUGCCUAUCCAUUGCCUGCUGCUGCCAGGACAUGAAGACUUGCAGCAUUCCACCUACUGCUACCACAGAUACAAACUGUACAACCAGCAGACCGUCUGCUCUGAACUUCGACAACCCGUUCCAGACGAGUGUGAGGGAGGAGAAGGUUUAGCCACGGUGGCAUUUCAGGGGAGUAGAAGCGUGGUGCUGAGGAGGACUCAACCCCUGCUCUGGUACCUGAGGGAGGAGAAGCUGGAGGUGCAGGUGUGGGUGGCCUUUGGGAAGGAGAAGAGAGUCCGGCCUCAUAACGCUGACCGUCUGGUGGGCUCUGCAUUUGUGGAUCUCUCUGCUCUUGCUGGGACUUUGAAGCACCAUCAAACAAUCAGUGGCGUGUAUCCUCUGUUCAAGCGCUCUGCUGUAAACCUGAGUGCUGCUGCUCUCAGAGUCCAUAUCACUGUCACAACAGACUCUGUGCCACAUGAGCCUCAAUCCACUGAGGAGCUCAACGACUCAGUAGAAGAUGAGAAGGAUGGAGGCCUCCCCACCACAGCACUGUCUAGACCAUCUCAAUCCCCCAGCAGACAGCUGAUCAAAUCAGCCGUGAGCACUGAUGCUCCACCAUCCAAAGAAAUCAGCAACGAUGACACCUUCAUAGCCAACAUUACUGUGGACAGAGCCAUGCAUCUGAGCCUGAAGGGUUGUCCUCUCGCUGAGCGCGGUGGUGGAUUGCCUAGUUGCUGUGUUUCUUAUGCCACCGCCGAUGCCCCGGGCACAGUGACCACAGCACUGAUCAAAGACAGUGACUGCCCUGUGUGGGACCACCAGCAAGAAUGCAGUGAGCUGGAUGAUAUUCAAAGGUAUUUCAGCCGAAAGUUGUCCACUCCAACAUUCCCAAAGCUGAGUGAGCUGAGAGGAACCUCCAGGCAGGACGAACACAGAGACUCAGAGACGGAUGCCACACAACUACUACUGAAGUCCAGUCAGCUGGUGGGAGAGGUCAAUAACAUUAUAAAAGGCUUAAGUGAACACCAGACAGAAGAAGCACCAACUACCCAUAAAAGCUCUGCUACUCUUGUUGUGGUUGAGGAGCACUUAACGUCUGGGGUUGAUCAGCUGAUAUUAUCAGAGUCUGAUAGCUGUGAGAUAGAGCCACGCUUUCAUAAAGAAUCAGACAUGAUGUUGGAGGAUGAAGAAGAAGUCUCGCCCAUCAGCUCUCCUGCUCCUGCACAGACUAGACAGUCACCAGCUGCUCCUGAAAAUGAAAAGCUCCACCACAGCUCCAGCGAUCACUCAUCUGAUGAAGAUGAGUGUAAAGAAGAGGAAAGAGAUGAGGAUGAGCAUGAAGAUUUUGAGGAAACUUUAAUACAGCCCCGAACACUCAAUGAGGUCACUUCAGUCACAGACAGAACCAGCCCUUGGACCAGCCUACUGUCUGACCCAGAUAUGGGAUCUCUGGAGAGUCUGGAGUUAGUGCAUCAUCAUGACGACACAAUCCACACUCGAGGAAUGGAAAGAAACAGCAGAGAACUUCUUCCAGACUUUAACCCGCAGUCAUUGACUGCAGAAUCACAAGCCGUUGAUUCUGAUUCAGAUAUCUGUGUAAGAUCUGAAACUGAUCUGGAGACAUUUAGGAGUGACGGCACUAUUGCCACAGAUCAUCGGGAACAGCAGCCUUCUCCAGAUGGUCUGGAUGGAGACGGUGCUCUUUCUAGUAUCAGUGAGGUGGAAGAUUAUGAACAAAGUUACAGUGGGCCUGAAGAAAGGGAUGAGAGAUCAAACUUGCCUCCCUGUACAGAGUCUGGCUCAGAAACAGAUGAUAAAAGUGAUGAGUGGACAGCAAAACCUUUGGAAUCUGUAGAGAUUCCAAAUUUCUUCCUGUCGGCUCACCAUCUGGAGGCGUCCAUGAGGUCUUUGAGGAUGGCACCUGUCUUUCCAUCAGCAACAACAGAAUCUGAGACUGUAAGUCCUGGAAAUCUAUAUAGAAGAAUGCCUCGAUCAAGACCCAACAUCCCUCCAUCACAGAGAAGUGAAGAGACCAAAAGAAUUGCAAAAAUAUUUGCUUCAAAGUUUACAGAAGGAAGUUAGUAUGUUCUUCUAAUUUGUGUUUUUUAUAUUUAAAAUAUGUGAUUGUGAUGCGUAUUUAUUUCUUAAGGGAUACAAAAUGGUAUAUUCUUUUUAACAGUAAUUUUGGAUAAUGUGAGCACUAAAAAAGUUGUUUAUUUACAGUAAUUAACUAUUUUUGUAAUAAAGAAUUUUGUAUUUCCAUCUACGGAUAAUUGUUUUUGAAGGUCCCAUUCUCACUAUUUAGUUUUACCUCUUAUAAACGUUGUCAGUUGUCUGGGGCAGUUAAUGUCUGUCAGACUGAGCUGUUCAAAGGCUAGAAGCAUUUAGCUGACAGAUGAGAAAAUUGCCCAAUUUGAGCUGCUGCAGACAAUAGCACAUACUGACAGUGAUGUAACCAAAGUAUUAUCCAGAGACAAAAGAAGCCAACGGUCAGACAAAAGCUCUCCUUUACCCUCUCAGCCCGUUUAAUGAGCUCUAAUUAGAGAGAUGAGUCCGAUCAAGCAACUAUUCCUCGUGUUGACCUUCUAAACCAGAUGAAUCAACUGACAGACUCGGAGUUAUAGAAGAUGGCAGCAAAUUAGGCUAAAUAUAAUAGAUGAAAACUAUUAACCAUCACCAAUUAUUAAACGUUUUACUACCUAGAGUGGACCCUGAAUUGGUAAAUUGUUGUAAAAUUACUGAUAGUUAAUUUAAAAGUUGUAGGAGGCUUUGGUGAUACAAAUGUAAUAAUUACUUGGUUGUAUUUGUUUAUUUGACUAUUUUGUAAU